AUGAAACGUAAGCUUGGGCGUCCUCAGAAAAAAGGUGGUAAUGCUAAGAACGCACGAUAUGCUCCUACCAGUGUAACCGAUAUAGACCAACUUGGAGGUUUGUUCCGUUUCAAUAUCAAUGAAGUUCCUGAUCUAACACCCCCGGGAAUUCGUUAUGCACAGCAGAGACGAAUGCAUAUCAUGCAUGAGAGGAGAGAAAGAAAAGAAGCUAUUGAUCUUUUGGCAACUUCUAUCAACACCGAAGACUUUGCUUGCUUUAUUGCUACUGAUUCUGAGUCCGAUAUGGAUAAUGAUGAAGACUCUAUGUCGGAAAGUGAGGAUGUGGGAAAACCGAGGCCUGAGACCGUUGUUACUAGAACAGAUUUAUUGGAAUCAGUUAGUCCUGGUCUGAAAGAUGGAGAUAAACAUAAUAAACAUGUGGAUGCAUUACGAAACGUUCGAGAAAGGUUUGAUCCUAACGUUGAUACAAGCCGGUUAAGGAUAAUUUUAAAGUGUGACAGGAAAAGUGAUGGAAGGACUGAGAAUCUACCAGCUACUAAUGAAGUUGCUGCAUUGAUACCUGAUGAUUUCAAUGGUCAGGUAGAUGCACGUGAUAUCAUCAUCGAGUGUAAAAAGAUUGGGAAUCUCAAAAGGAUCAGUGAACUACAUCCUGCGUAUCUGCCUUUGCAAUAUCCAUUAUUGUUUCCCUAUGGUGAGGACGGGUUCAGACUUGGUAUCGAUAUUGGUUUUGUAGAUACCCAAGGGAGGAAAAGGUUGCAUAUUACUAUGAGAGAGUUUUUUGCUUACCGCAUACAAGAGAGGGUUGGUGAGUCACCAAUCAUCCCUUUAUCUGGAAGAUUGUUCCAGCAGUUUUUAGUGGAUGCGUACACGAUGAUUGAGACUAAUAGACUACGUUUCAUAUCAAUGAAUCAGUCUAAACUUCGUUGCGAAAAUUAUGACAAAAUAAAGAAAACUGUUGAUGAAGGUGACACUGAUCUUUCUGACAAGGGUAAACGUAUUAUUAUACCUUCUUCUUAUACUGGUAGUACAAGGUAUAUGGUGCAACAUUAUCUAGAUGCGAUGACUACUUGCCAGCAUUUUGGUUUUCCGGAUCUUUUCAUAACCUUUACGUGUAAUCCCAAAUGGCCUGAGAUUACCAGGCACCUAAAAAGACAUAACUUGAAGCAAGAGGAUAGACCAGAUAUAUGUACGCGAGUGUUCAAGAUGAAACUAGAUGAUCUCAUGCACAGACUCACCAAAGAAAAUGUGUUAGGUGUCAUAAAAGCCGCGAUCUACACGAUUGAGUUUCAAAAACGGGGGCUACCUCAUGCACACAUCGUUCUUUUUUUAGAAGCUGGUCACAAGCUACCAACUGGUGAUGACAUUGAUAAGAUAAUAUGUGCUGAGAUUCCUGACAAGGAUAUUGAUCCAGCGCUGUAUGAGAUAGUAGGAGAUGUCAUGAUGCAUGGACCAUGUGGUGCUUUGAAUAAGGAUAGUGUUUGCAUGGCUGAAGGAAAAUGUACAAAGUAUUUUCCAAAACCUUACAGUCCGAUCACUAAAAUAGAUGAUGUUGGAUAUCCUAUAUACAGGCGACGUAAUGACAAGAAAGUUAUCGUUAAAAAGGGUAUUGAAUGUGAUAAUGGAUUUGUGGUUCCUUAUAAUAGGAGUCUCACACUGCUUUAUAGGGCUCAUAUCAACGUCGAAUGGUAUGUAGCACAUUCGGAGUCUACGUGGACAAUUUUCCGUAAUCAUACUCACCAUCGCACGGUUUCUGUAGUUAAACUACCCUUUCAUUUACCGAAUCAGCAAAUGGUCAUAUACAACGAGGAUGAUCCAGGUGACGAGGUUAUUAAUCGUGUCUCAGUUGGUACGUCAAAAUUCAUUGCUUGGAUGGAGUGCAACGAUAAGUAUGAACUGGCGAGAACGUUAACUUAUGCGCAAUUUCCUACGAGAUUUGUGUGGAAUAACCCAAAGAGAAUAUGGACGCCACGAUCAAGGAGAGUUGCUCUUGGUAGAAUCACGUACGUACCCAUUGGGGCAGCUGUUCGUCUAUCUCAGGAGCAAGUUAAAGACUUUACUCUGGUCGAAAUAGAACUUCUUUUACGUGUAAGUGGAAGAUCCUUAAAAGAAUUCACACCUAUGCCAUUUCCUGAAGAUAUUACUCUGGAGUCACGUGAUAAUCCUCUUAUUCGGGAUGAGAGGAAUUACAAUCGCGAAACUCUUAGAGUAAGAAACGAGAAGAUGUUAGCCACUGUAACCAGUGAACAGAGAAGUGUUUAUGAUGAGAUACUAGAAGCAGUAAAUAAGAACAAAGGAGGUUGCAUCGAGCGGGAUUGCUGCGUUGUUAUUAGAAGGAGGCCGAACUGCGCAUUCAAGAUUGCAAUCCCUAUUGUGGUUAAUAAGUUUACCUUCUGUUCAAUCAAGAAGGACUCAAAUCUUGCCGAUCUGAUAAAGAUUGCUAAACUCAUUUUAUGGGACGAGGCGUUGAUGAUGAGUAAAGACUGUUUCGAGACCCUAGAUAGAACGAUGCGUGAUAUUUUAGAAGUUGAUAAGCCCUUUGGUGAUAAGGUCAUUGUUUUAGGAGGGGAUUUUAGGCAAAUAUUGCCAGUGAUUCCAAAUGCCGGGAAGACAGAGAUACUUAUGGCCACUUUGAAUUCGUCACCUCUGUGGUACAAAUACAUUGGUGAUGGUACGAUAAAUGACGAUGGAAGUGGUGAAGCCGUGAUUGAUAUUCCUGAUGAUCUGUUGAUUAAAGACUGUAAAGAUCCUAUAAAAACGAUCGUCAAAGAAAUUUAUGGGAGUUCAUUUUCGAAAGAGACUGAUCCUAAAUUUUUCCAAGACCGUGGCAUACUGAGUCCAAGAAACGAUGAUGUAGAUACGAUAAAUGAUUAUAUGCUUUCAAAGUUAUUGGGUGUUGAAAGGACCUAUCUUAGUUGUGAUAGCAUUGAUACGACUGAAGAAGUUGUCAAUUACAAUGAUGCAUCUGAAGUACCCUCAGAGAGUGUAGCCAGUAAGAAUAAAGGUGAUUCCAACAAUAUGAUUUAUACCGAGGAGUUUUUAAAUAGUAUCAAGAUGUCUGGUUUCCCUAAUCAUGUCCUGAAGUUGAGAGAGGGUACUCCUGUAAUGCUUCUAAGAAAUAUCGACCCUAAGAAUGAGUUGUGUAAUGGCACAAGACUCAUCAUUAUUAAGAUGGCUAAUUAUGUUCUCCAGGCUCAUAUAAUAACAGGUAGCAAGGUUGGUGAAAAGGUACUGAUUCCUAGGAUAUUCCUCUCUCCUUCGGAGAUGAAACUUCCUUUCAGGAUGAGACGCAAGCAGUUUCCUAUCACAUUAGCUUUUGCAAUGACUAUAAACAAAAGCCAAGGACAGACACUCGAAAAGGUUGGUUUGUAUCUUCCAAGACCGGUUUUUACUCAUGGGCAACUCUAUGUCGCUGUAUCGAGGGUUACAUCAAGAGAAGGUUUGAAGAUAUUGAUCACCGAUAAAGACAACAAACCACAAAACAAAACAUUGAAUGUCGUCUACAAGGAGUUUUUUGACAAGAUAUGA